GUCGGGGCGAGGGUCCAGUCGUUCCUCGGAGUCCCGCAGGCCCGCCCGUGCCUGCCCCAACGCCCCGGGCUGUCGCUGCGGAGAGCUGGCCCAGUUCCCUCCUCCGGGCCCCGGGCCCUGAGCGCGGCGGCGCGGGCCCGCCCCCUCCUCGGUAAGCGGGUCGCGCGGGGCGCCUCCCAGCGAGGGCUCCGUCUCACUCCCUCGAAGGCCAAGUUUUCAUUUUGGUUUUUGGUGGUGGUUUUUUGGUGGGGAGUGGGGUUGGGAGGUGUUUCCGGCGGGACUGAAAUUCUCUGAGGAAGGUGUGCGCGCUCCCCGCGCCUAGAUCUCCCCGGCACCCCUGAGAAGACGCGGCUGGCAGCUCGGCGGGUCCUGUCCCGCGCUGCGGAGCCCUAGCACCCCGGGGCCUGGCCGGGGCGGGGUGCCGAGGGUGCCCUGGGCCUGCGCCGGCUGUGGGGAGGAAGGCCUGGCCGCCCGGGGAGGCCCUCACUCUCCCGGGGACCCUGGGGGACCGACACGUGCCCGCCGACCCGGCCCUGCGCGAACUUGGUCGCACCCCUCCUCGUGCAAAGGUUUUUUCUUUUAGUUUAGGUAAAAUCACAGGAAACAAAGACGGGAAGAGAGCCCCCUUUCUGUGAAACGCAGGCUGUGGCUGCUGCAUUUGUCAAUUUGGUGCUGUAAUGCACACAGUUUUUUGCAGGAGCUUCAAAACUGUCUGCAGACGUCACCGUCGCCCAUCUCCUCCGCGCCCUUGUGAGAACUGGCGACGUAGCCAGCAACUGUGUAGUACCUACAAAUGAUUAAAAUGAUUAAAUGUGGUGUGGCGUGAACCAAAAAUCGAUUACCGCCUGAUUUUACUUAGUUUUAGUCUGCUGAUUUUUAGAAUUUUGUCAUUCUUGCUAAUGUAAGGGUUUUGGGGAAUCCACCAUAUGCUUUUUAAAAAGGGAGAACACUGCAGAUGUGUUCUAAAUUUAAUUAUUUGUAUUUAUGCCCUUAAUGUUGUUUCAUUAUAGGUUUAUUGAAUUCCUUAAUAUCUCAGCAGGCGUCUUUGAAUUAUAUUUUGAUUGGCUUUUCUGUAGUAUUAAUGUGAAAGGAAAAUAAUCGGUAGAGCUGCAAAAAUAAAUGCCACUUCGAUAUUUUCUAUACUGCUCACUUGCAUCAUUGUGGUUGGCUGCUUUUAAUUGAUUUUAAGUUGCCUAAUCAGCUGUGAUUGUAGUCAGGGAAUGAAUACAAGUAAUUUUCUGGUUGACGUAUGGCCUAAACUUGACACUGCUACCCAGAACGUCAGAGUAGUUUAUGAGGUGUAUUUCAGAAAAUAGAGGUGUUGUGGAGGAGGCUCUAUCUUUUAGGGAACCUCUGUAUGUAACACACGGGAGAAAAGAAAACGAUGUUUAAUUUCAGCCUUAGUUUUUUCUAACUUAUAGGUAAUUCUUAUUGAAAACUCAUUUUUAUAGUAAGAAAGGAUGUAGGGUUUAGAUUUUUGCUUUAAAUUUUCUUUUAUUAAAUUAGGAGAUAAAAAUCUUAAGAAUUGGUCAGUAAAUUGAAAAAAAAAAACCACUACUUUGAAGAGAAUUGAAAACCUGGAACACAUCUUUAUCCUUUUCUAAGCUCUUUUUAAAAUAGUGUUGCUAUAAGUGUGACUGAGUUCUUGAUUGCAUUAUUCUUGCCCUAAGACAGGACUUUGUCAUGAUUACUUCAUAAAAACAAACUUGGUAAGUUAUAGCUGAUAGCCAUUGCUGAUAAUUUUCUCUGUCCAACUGAAUGUUUUUUGUAGUCUUUAAAAUAACAAGUAUUAUUUUAGUGUUUGGAAAGUAGUAUUUAAAUUUUUCACACAACAAUAGAAGUCUGUUUUAAUAAGCUUCUCUCUGUUAAUCCUAAAAGACAGUCUUCUUCUGGGAUAUUAAAAUUUUGUACUGAACUUGUGCACACAGUCCUGGACUUGUAAUUAGAAGAUCUGGGUUCUAGUCCUGGUUCUUCUACUGAGCGGCUGUCUCUUCUUGGACAAUCACCUACCCUCUUUGAAUCUGUUUAGUUGUCUUCAAAGCGGGAGUACCUGCCUCAAGAUUGUUCUAAGAAUUAUAUGAAAUAAUGCAUGUAAAAUUCUUUUUGAAUUAUAAAGGGCUCUAUAAAUAUCAGUUGUAAAAUUUCCUUUCCUUUAUUACCUCAUUUCAUUUCCUUUAUUAGCUAGGCUGUGCAGAAAAUAUUUUCUCAAAGCUUUUUAAUGUAACUCUAGUUUAAAAAACUCAUACACACAUUAUAUGACAUUAUCCUUUUUCUAUACCAUGUAAUUCCUACAAUGAAAUGAAACAGAUGUCUCAUUUUCAGCCAUGGAGGACACUAAAUGUUUAGGUUUACAAACUAUUUUUCAUAUCUCUAUAUGUAUCUCUAUAUACCUAUUUUUAAGGUUCGGUUUUCUUCCUAAAUCCAGAGUUGGUGGGAAUUAUCCUGAAAAGUGAUUAUAGAGAACCACAUGUCCAUUUAUUUAUUUUGAACAGAAUUAGAGAAUGCUCUCACCAUUUUUUUAACUUCUGAAGCAAUAUGAUAGCAUUUUAGUAGUCUAGAAUUAUACCAAUAUUAAAUUUAUAUUAACAUAGUAGGUUUAUUUAUUUUCAUUUUACAAAAUAAUACCCUUUUCUGAAGAAAAGGGCUAUAAACUUAAAAGAUUUUUAACAUUAAUAGUACAAAGGAAUUUAAAUAUCAUUUUUGCUUUUGAGUCCCAGGAGGCAUUGUUAUCCUAAAAUGACAUCUAACAGUAUGUGGUUAUACGAAAAACAUAUGCUUUUCUGUAAUUAAUAGGUGUUUUCAUUAAUUUGUGCAUUUUAUAUCUUAGAAGAGCACACUGGUAGUGAAAUGAUUGUAAACAACUGGAAUAACUUAUAUUUAAUGUAUGGUUUAAACAGAUAAAUACCUCAGUAUUCUAAACCAAUAUUUGAAGAAUAGUUUCAGAGAGAUUCUGAAAUCUUAUUUCGUUAUGCUUUCUAGUAUUAUAUUUUUAGGAAAACUAUUUUUGAUAGUGAUACAAAUCAAAUGUCAUCUGAAAGAAGGACUAAGUUAAUUUUCUAAAGAAAAGGGAACUGAUUUUAUCCAAACCUUCUAGAACUGAUAAUCUUAAGGCCUUUUGAAACUGAGCUCUAAAAUAUUGAGAUAGUUAUGUCAGUGUGCCUAUUCCUUUCUAACAUAGGUCAGAUUUUCUUCAAGAAACGGAUUUUUUCAGAUUAUAAAAUAUAUGCUCACUAGAGGAAAAAGCACAAUUAACUUUUUUCACAAUCUCAAAGUCUUAAAAUGGGAAUUAUAGAGAUCUAGGUAAUAAAAUGGCAGCUAUCUCUGCCUUUAGACAUGUCGUAGAUCAUCCGAUAGUCUCGAUGAACAAAACUGUUGUUUUGUAUUUCAUAGCAGUUCUGACAAUCUAAUGGUAACAUAUCUUAACAUCAUAUUUAUGUUUCCAUAUAUGUAUAUCAGAUUAAUUUUGAGGCCUAGUGUUCCUAAAAGAUUUGGGAUGAAUGUGUAUGUGUAUAUUUCUUUAACGUGAAAUAAACAUGUAUAGCAAAUAUAUCUUUUACUUACAUGUUAAAGGUAUGCUUUGACACACAUGCUGAAAUCUGGAUUCUUUUUGACCUGUAAACUUAUCAAGAAGAUUGACAGCAAAUGCUGUCUUUGAAAGUAAAGUGAAUUCUUUUUAAAAAUGGAGUUAUGUGAUUUUAGUGUGUAAGUCAGUAAAUUGAAGUUAAUUAUAUCAGCUUAGAAGAUGUUAACUUUCUUUUUCUUUUUAAAAAAAUAGAUUCCAAAGGAAGACUUCCAUUUGGUAAUUUGUUUAAUCAGUGCAAGUGAAAUCAAGGAACGAUGGAUGUAGAAAAUGAACAGGUACUGGAUGUAAACCCUACAGACCCUGAUAAUUUAAGUGACUCUUUCUUUUCUGGUGAUGAAGAAAAUGUGGAGACUGAGGAAAUAAAGAAUGAAAUAAACGGAAAUUGGAUUUCAGCAUCUUCCAUUAACGAAGCUAGAAUUAAUGCCAAGGCAAAAAGGAGACUGCGGAAAAACUCAUCCCGGGACUCUGGCAGAGGCGACUCUGUCAGUGAUAAUGGAAGUGAAUCCCUCAGAAGUGGAGUAACUGUGCCAACCAGUCCAAAGGGAAAGUUGUUAGAUAGGCGAUCCAGAUCUGGGAAAGGAAGGGGACUACCAAAGAAAGGUGGUGCAGGAGGCAAAGGUGUCUGGGGUACACCUGGACAGGUAUAUGAUGUGGAGGAGGUGGAUGUGAAAGAUCCUAACUAUGAUGAUGACCAGGAGAACUGUGUUUAUGAAACUGUAGUUCUACCUUUGGAUGAAAGGGCAUUUGAGAAGACUUUAACACCAAUCAUACAGGAAUAUUUUGAGCAUGGAGAUACUAAUGAAGUUGCGGAAAUGCUAAGAGAUUUAAAUCUUGGUGAAAUGAAAAGUGGAGUACCAGUGUUGGCAGUGUCCUUGGCAUUAGAGGGGAAGGCUAGUCAUAGAGAAAUGACAUCUAAGCUUCUUUCUGACCUUUGUGGGACAGUAAUGAGCACAAACGAUGUAGAAAAAUCAUUUGAUAAACUGUUGAAAGAUCUACCUGAAUUAGCACUGGACACUCCUAGAGCGCCACAGUUGGUGGGCCAGUUUAUUGCUAGAGCUGUUGGAGACGGAAUUUUAUGUAAUACCUAUAUUGAUAGUUACAAAGGAACUGUAGAUUGUGUACAGGCUAGAGCUGCUCUGGACAAGGCUACUGUGCUCCUGAGUAUGUCUAGAGGUGGAAAGCGUAAAGACAGUGUGUGGGGCUCUGGAGGUGGACAGCAGUCUGUCAAUCACCUUGUUAAAGAGAUUGAUAUGCUGCUGAAAGAAUAUAUACUCUCUGGAGACAUAUCCGAAGCUGAACAUUGCCUUAAGGAACUGGAAGUACCUCAUUUUCACCAUGAGCUUGUAUAUGAAGCUAUUGUAAUGGUUUUAGAGUCAACUGGAGAAAGUACAUUUAAAAUGAUUUUGGAUUUAUUAAAAUCCCUUUGGAAAUCCUCUACUAUUACUGUAGACCAAAUGAAAAGAGGUUAUGAGAGAAUUUACAGUGAAAUUCCAGAUAUUAACUUGGAUGUCCCACAUUCAUACUCUGUGCUUGAGCGAUUUGUAGAAGAAUGUUUUCAGGCUGGAAUAAUUUCCAAACAACUCAGAGAUCUAUGUCCUUCAAGGGGCAGAAAGCGUUUUGUAAGUGAAGGAGAUGGAGGCCGUCUAAAACCAGAGAGCUACUGAAUAUAAGAACUCUUGCAGUCUUAGAUGUUAUAAAAAAUAUGUAUCUGAAUUGUAAGAGUUGUUAGUACAGUUUUUUGUUUUUUAAAAGCACUUGUUUUGGGUACAAGGCUUUUCUGAAAUUUUAUAAACUUACAUUUAAGGGGAAUUUUUAAAGGAAGUUUUUUUUUUUUUUUUUUUUUUUUUUUUGAGGGUUUAAGGAGGAGGGACAGAAAAGUAACCACUUCUUAAGUGGAAUAUUCUAAUAAGCUACCUUUUGUAAGUGCCAUGUUUAUGACCUAAUCAUUCCAAGUUUUGCAUUGAUGUCUGACUGCCACUCCUUUCUUUCAAGGACAGUGUUUUUGUAGUAAAAUCACUGGUUUAUACAUAGCUUUAUUUAGGGGGUAAAGUUAAGCUGCUAAAACCCCAUGUUGGCUGCUGCUGUUGAAAUACUGUGCUUUGGGAGUAAGAAAAAAAAAAGUUAUUUCUUUGUCUUAAAGAAUUCUAAGAAAAUGAGUUAGUCAUGAGACUUAUUCAUCUUUCCAGGGAACAUAUUGAUUGGUCUUAAAGACUAGACAGUUCAGUAAAUGGUGGCUGGAACAUCUAUUUUUGUACAAAACUGGAAAAAUGAACCCAGUUCUAGAAGAAUGUAUGACAAAAUAAAACAUGUGAAGCAGUGUUGAUUCCUUA